GGAGAUGUCAGCUGUGGUGACAUCAGCGUGUUUAGUGACAGCUUUGUUUGAUUUGACGCAACAUAAUAGGCUAACUUUCGCCUGCUCAGGUGUUAUACUUUGAUACCUUGUUCUGGCGGCCCGGAGAGCGAAGGCUGGACAGGACGGCCCGGACUCGGAGAGCCAGCAAGGAGGCGGGAGUAGGCGCCCGGUGGGCUUCCAAGCAGCGGGUAGAUGGCACUCGGAUGCGGAGGUCCGAGGUCUCCGUCGGUCCUCGGGACGCACAUCGGUUGCACCGGGCUGGAGGCUACGACACCGAGCGAAUGGCAGUCGACUACGACACCGAGCGAAUGGCCGUCGACGUAUAUCUUGGUCGCGCCAGCCUCACUGCUCGUCGCUCUGCAGGAGGCCUGAAAGUUGCCUUUUAGUUGAAAUGAAAAGCAAACGAGUUCCAAAGUGCUGCUGCGGCGGCCGUGGGCUCCAGGUCGCGCGCGCCGCUGCUGCCUUUCUCCGCCUCGUCUUCAUGUUUGGCCUCGGGGGUCCUCCCCCUGCGGCGCUGGGCGGAGUUUCAUCCCGGACCAGACGCUCCUUUCGUCGGAUCGCUUUUCGACCUGACUCCCCGGAGCUUCGGGCACAAAGGAAGGCCACCUUGGAUGCAAGCCCGGCCACCGAAUCGCAUACACAGUGUCGACGAGCGUGCAGAGUGCCCAUCGGAACCGCGAGAAGUGUAGUCGGCUCCAUCGGACAGGCGCAGCGCGAUGAACGGCGGCGGCGUCUCUACGCCUCCUAGCGGCAGACUGAAGAUCGUCACAGAUGAGUGGCGCCAAGAGGACUGUCUGACCCUGCUGGAGAGAAUUCGCAGCCUCUUGCCCGACACUGACGCCACCAAGUACAAAACCACCGAGUCGCACUUUGACUGGGACAAAGUGGGCUUCGGAAGCUUCACGGGAGAAAUGUGUCGACAGAAGUGGAGCAAAGUGUCCACCGAGGUGCGCAAGUACCGAACCAUGACGGAGCUCAUCAUGGACGCCAUCGACUUUGUGAAAAAUCCUUACAAAGGGAAGAAGCUCAAGACCCAUCCGGAUUUCCCCAAGAAACCCUUGACGCCGUACUUCCGCUUUUUCAUGGAGAAACGAGCCAAGUACGCCAAAAUCUACCCGGAGAUGAGCAACUUGGACCUGACCAAGAUUCUGUCCAAGAAGUAUAGGGAGCUGCCCGACAAGAAGAAGCAAAAGUACGUGGCAGAGUUCCAGAACGAGAAAGAAACGUUUGAGAAGAGCAUGGCUCGCUUCAAGCACGAUCAUCCCGAGCUGAUGGAGGAGAGGAAAAAGUCGGAGCUGCCCGAGAAGCCCAAAACGCCUCAGCAGCUUUGGUACAGCCACGAGAAGAAGACCUACAUGAAGAUGCACCCCGAGGUGAGUCCGAAGGAGCUGAAAGAGGUGCUGAGGAGACAAUGGUCACAGCUGUCAGACAAGCGAAGACUCAAAUGGAUCAGCAAAGCCUUGGAGCUCCAAAAGGACUACGAGGACAGCAUGAGAGUGUACCAUGAAGCUCAUCCGGACGUCGUCUCGGACGAACACGUGCGCUCUGUUCUCACCAAAGCAGAAAGGCAACUCAAGGACAAAUUUGAUGGCCGGCCAACGAAACCGCCUCCCAACGGCUACUCGCUGUACUGCGCCGAGUUGAUGGUGAACAUGAAGGACGUGCCGAGCACGGAGCGCAUGGUUUUGUGCAGCAAACGCUGGAAGAUGAUGAACCAGAAGGAGAAGGACAUGUUUCAGAAGCGCUGCGAGCAGAGGAAGAAGCAGUACGACGUGGACUUGCAGAGGUUUCUGGAGAGCAUUCCAGAUGAGGAUCGAGACCGAGUCGCCAGCGAGGAGAAGCUGUGCGGAGCUCGGCUUCCGUCGGGCGCCAUCUCCAGUCCGCACAGGACCAAGUCGCCACCCGUCAAGGAGCCAGAGCCUGACCUUUGGUCCCCCCAGAAGAGCGGCAAGCUUCUCGAGACCCCCAAGACGGCCGAGGAGAUGUGGCAGCAUAGCGUCGCCGGUGACUUCCUGAGCAAGUGCAGAAGCAACCGCAGGCGAGCACAAGCGGAAAUGGAGGAUGUCUGGAAGGCCAUGGAGAAGAAAGAAAAGAUCCCCUGGAUCAAGAAGGCCGCAGAGGACCAGAAACGAUAUGAGAGAGAGCUGUUGGACCGGAGGCCGGCUCAGAAGAAGCCCAAGUUUGACGGAGAACCCAAGAAACCACCGGUGAGCGGCUAUCAAAUGUUCUCUCAGGAGCUCCUGACCAACGGGGAGCUGAACCACUUCAGCCUGAAAGAGCGAAUGGUGGAGAUCGGCAAGCGCUGGCACUUGUUGACGGCCGGUCAGAAGGACACAUACAAGAAACACGUGGACGCCACGCAGGCGCGAUACCGUUCGCUACUGGAGGCGUGGCUUAAGUCUUUGUCCCCGCAGGACCGCGCCGCCUACAAGGAAUUUUCCUCCUCGAAGCGUCGCAGCACGUCCAAAGCACGCGCUAGCCCCGCCCCCAAAGUGCUGGUAACGGCCAAGGGCAAAGCGGUGGCCGCCGAGGUGACGCCCCCCGCCGCGGGCGUGGCCAAGCGAGCGAUGGCCUACCGAGCCAAGAAGGACGUCGUGUCUGACUCGGAGGACGACAAGAGCGAGUCGUCGUCGGAUGAUGACGAAGAAGACGAGUCGUCCGGAAGCAGCGACAGCGAAGAUGAUGAGCACGACGACGAGGACGACGAAGAUCAGACGUCUUCUGAGCAAUCCAGUGACUCCGACUAGCUCGGCCUUCUCGGUGGUGGGGGGGGGGGGUUGUUAUCUGACAAGUGGGGUUUGUACAGGAAGGGGGGCGGGCGUGCCUCAAAACGGGAUU